ACGCAGCCGUCUCUCUUCAGGCCAUCUCCAGCCUGGCAGUGGCGCCCCUGGUGUACCUGUAUGGACAUCGUGCCGUGAGUGCAUCCGGAGGGAUUCUCGUCUUUUUCGGCUUGCUUUCUUCGUCGUUCGCCAGAGAAACCUGGCACCUCCUCUUCUCUUACACUAUGCUAGUCGGUACGAAGAAAUAUCCUAUCGAAGCGAAUCAAAUGGUUAUUUUCCCAUCGUGUCCGCGUCGACUCCAUCACUCUACUAGGGAUAGGAACAGGUCUAUCACUGCAAGCGGGUUUCCUGGUCGUGAGCGAGCGUUUCGCGAAGAGACGUGGCUUGGCCAUAGGGAUAUUCUUCUCCGCUGCCCCCAUGGCCAGAAUACUUGUGCCGCCCUUGGAAGGUACUCUCCUAGACCAUUACGGAGCCAGAGGAUUGCUUCUCAUCAUGGCUGCCAUCGAGGCACACAUCAUUCUUGCCGCCAUGAUCAUCCGACCCAAACGAACUCCACCACGGUCCACUGUUUCCAGACAGAAAGCCGAGGCUGUAAUCACAUUGAUGACGGGCAAAGAUGAAACGAAACCAGAGAUGUCUGACGAAAAUUCCAAGUUGCAGGUCGUAUGGAUGGCAGUGAAGAAGCGAAUCGACUGGCGUUUGCUGAAAGAACCCAUUUUGUGCAUCUUUGUACUCAGCGAUGUUUGCUUCUGGUUCAUUUAUCCCAAUUUCUCCUUCCUGUUACCUCAGGCAAUCUUGGAGAGGGGCGAAGGGAUCGAAGAGGCUGCUUUUUACUUAACGAUGACCGGAGCCGGAGACUUGGGUUCUCGACUCAUUUUCCCUCCUCUGAUAGACAGGAAGAUCAUUUCUCCCCGAAACGGGUUCAUCCUGGGGGAAAUUUUCGCUUUCAUCGCCCUCCUCUGCUUCCCUUUGGUCCUGAGUCACUCGGAGGGAAAGAUCAUCUGUUCGUUGCUGUAUGGCGCCGGUUCAGGAAUGGCUGUGAGCUUCGCCGGUCUCACUUUGAUCGAGUAUUUCGGCGCGGAAACCCUCCCUUCGUCGACCGGUCUCAGCCUGGCCCUCAAAGGCGUCUUCCUCUUCUGAAGCGAAGGAAUGGCUCUUAACAAGCUCAGCAUCGAUGCAGUGGACCUGAAGGACAAGCGGGUUCUAAUGAGGGUUGACUUCAAUGUUCCAAUGAAGAAUGGAGCCAUAACAAAUAAUCAGAGAAUUGUAGCUGCUCUUGAUACCAUCAAGUAUGCAUGUGAUAAGGGAGCAAAAUCAGUGGUGCUGAUGUCACACCUUGGUCGACCAGAUGGAUUCAAGAUAGAGAAGUACACUCUACAACCUGUUGCUAAAGAGCUUUCCAAGCUCUUGGGAAGAGAAGUGACAUUCCUGCAUGACUGUCAAGGACCAGAAGUGGAAAAGGCAUGUGAGAACCCUGCAAAUGGAUCAGUGAUUCUGCUUGAAAAUCUCCGUUUCCAUGUGGAAGAAGAGGGCAAGGGUGUAGACCCAUCAGGAAGCAAAGUGAAAGCUGAUCCACAGAAUGUGAAGGCAUUCAGGGCAUCCUUGAGAAAGCUUGGUGAUAUCUAUGUGAAUGAUGCUUUUGGUACUGCCCACAGAGCACAUUCAUCCAUGGUGGGGGAAGGAUUUGAUGUUCGUGCUUCAGGAUUUCUUCUCAAGAAAGAACUUAUGUACUUUGCAAGGGCUCUGGAACACCCUGAGAGGCCCUUCCUGGCAAUUCUAGGUGGUGCCAAGGUGAAAGACAAGAUUCAGUUGAUCAACAAUUUGCUGGAUAAAGUCAAUGAAAUGAUCAUAGGGGGAGGAAUGGCAUUCACUUUCUUGAAAAUUGGAAGCUCAUUGUUUGAUGAAGAAGGAUCUAAGAUAGUACAAGACUUGAUGAAGAAGGCUAAAGAAAAGGGAGUUCAGAUCCAUCUCCCUGUUGACUUCAUAACAGCUGAUAAGUUUGCUGAAGAUGCAAAGGUUGGCUCAGCAACAGUGGAAUCAGGCAUUCCUGAUGGCUGGAUGGGUUUGGACUGUGGCCCCAAGUCCAAUGCUGCAUUCCUGGAGCCCUUGAAGCGAGCAAAAACCAUAGUGUGGAAUGGUCCAGUUGGAGUCUUUGAAUUUGCUAACUUUGCACCUGGGACUAAGAGCAUAAUGGAUGCAGUAGUGGAUGGUACAGCCAAAGGAGCAUGUGUCAUCAUUGGUGGUGGAGACACUGCAACCUGCUGUGCAAAAUGGGGCACUGAAGACAAGGUCUCACAUGUGAGUACUGGAGGAGGAGCCAGUCUUGAAUUACUUGAAGGGAAGACACUGCCUGGAGUUGCAGCAUUGUCUGAUGCACAAUGAGAUACCUAGAACUGUCAACCCAUGAUCUGAUGUGCUAUCUGUCAAGAAUUUUGUCUCAUUGGAUGUGUGCAAUAUUGAAGCAAGGAAUAGUGAUUACCCCCAUCAGGAUCUUUCUCAUGGUCCUGUUCUUAUGUAGUGAAGUUUCUAGUCACUGUCCAGAUUUCUUGUAUAAAUUACCAUCCUUUUCCCAUACCAAUAUACAAUUAAUGUUUCUGUGUCCCAAGGAAGAACCUGCACUGUGCUUUUAAAAAAUAUUUAAUCAAAAAAUCUAAUUAGAUGACAAAAAUCUAUGUACACACAUUUCUAGAAACAUGUUCUUUUUGAAUAUAAUAUCAAGACAGACCCCUUCCGUUGCUGCACUUUCAAAUCUUGUGCAAAGGAGAAAACAAGGAGACUCGUCGCAAGGGAAGGAGAAAUGAAAAACAUGAGCUCAUGUCCGGAGACAAAACAAAAUGACAUCAUGCGAAGACAGUCUUUAACAUGAAUCAUGCCAAGUACAGUAAGGGAAAAAAAAAGAGAGCAUCCAGGCUGCAUCAAAAUAG